AUGUCUCACCUGCAAUACUAUCACUACAAGGGAUGGGGUGAAAAAGCUAGAGAAGUCCACGGCUACAGCCAAGCGGUCAGAGUAGGCGACAGAAUCGAAUGUGCCGGUCAAGGCGGUUGGCACCCGGAGACCUUCAAAUUCUACCGCGAAAUCAACGCCCAGAUCGACCAAGCCUUCGAGAAUGUCGAGCGCAACUUGAAGGACGCCGGUGGCAAAGGUUGGGAGCAGGUCUUCAGGGUCAACUCGUAUCAUGUGCCGAUCAAUAACGAGGCAUUGGAGGCCAUGACGAGGAAUUUCAAGAAGUGGAUGCCCAAUCAUAAGCCGAUUUGGACUUGUGUUGGGGUGACGAGGUUGGGCGAGGAUGAUAUGAGGGUGGAGAUUGAGGUUGUUGCGCAUGAUCCGGAGGGAGCUGCGAAGGCGUCGUCUUCGUAG